CUUACUAGUAUGUCAUAUAUAGUAGUUUUUGUAACUAGUAUGUCAUAUUUAGUAGUUUUUGUUACUAGUAUGUCAUAUAUAGUAGUUUUUGUAACUAGUAUGUCAUAUUUAGUAGUUUUUGUAACUAGUAUGUCAUAUUUAGCAGUUUUUGUUACUAGUAUGUCAUAUAUAGUAGUUUUUGUAACUAGUAUGUCAUAUGUAGUAGUUUUUGUAACUAGUAUGUCAUAUUUAGCAGUUUUUGUUACUAGUAUGUCAUAUAUAGUAGUUUUUGUUACUAGUAUGUCAUAUUUAGUAGUUUUUGUUACUAGUAUGUCAUAUUUAGUAGUUUUUGUUACUAGUAUGUCAUAUUUAAUAGUUUUUGUAACUAGUAUGUCAUAUUUAGUAGUUUUUGUAACUAGUAUGUCAUAUAUAGUAGUUUUUGUAACUAGUAUGUCAUAUUUAGUAGUUUUUGUUACUAGUAUGUCAUAUUUAGUAAUUUUUGUAACUAGUAUGUCAUAUUUAAUAGUUUUUGUAACUAGUAUGUCAUAUUUAGUAGUUUUUGUUACUAGUAUGUCAUAUUUAGCAGUUUUUGUAACUAGUAUGUCAUAUUUAGUAAUUUUUGUAACUAGUAUGUCAUAUUUAAUAGUUUUUGUAACUAGUAUGUCAUAUUUAGUAGUUUUUGUAACUAGUAGUAUGUCAUAUUUAAUAGUUUUUGUAACUAGUAUGUCAUAUUUAGUAGUUUUUGUUACUAGUAUGUCAUAUUUAAUAGUUUUUGUAACUAGUAUGUCAUAUUUAGCAGUUUUUGUUACUUACUAG